UGUUCGGAACUACACUUACUUGACACUUGACAUUUUCACCAAUAAUUUGUAUUUAUUUAUUUGUACAAAAUUGUUUCUGUAACAAAAUAAAGUUCUUUUAAUUAUUUUAAACACCAUCAAAAGUUAACAAAACAGCCUGACUAUUAGUUCCCACUUUAAUAUGCCGUACGAGGAAGAUCAGGAUUACAUGGAGGGGUCUAGAAGAUCUCUUCGGGAGCGUAAGAAAAGAUCCCAUACGGAAAGGAAGCUGCGAGGCAAAUCAGAUGAACUGAAAUUUCUGGAACACUUCGAUCCAAUUAAGUCCAAUCGAGAAAAACGUAAACUUCGUCGCAAACCUGGAGCUACAUCAACCAAAAACAGCUUGUACGACGAAUAUGGACGAGUUAAGCACAAUAAAUUGGAUGUUUGUGAUUGCAUGGAUGAAGACUGUUUAGGAUGCUGGUUCGAGUGUGAGAAUUGUAUGGGAACCAAAUGCGGAUUACAAUGUAGAGUCAACAGAAAGUUCUAUUAUGACUGUAUUACAUUCGAUGGAAAGGAUGCCACAAUCAAAAAUAAAAGUUUCUGAAGAUAAAUUAUGUAUAACUUAGUAUGUAGUACCAUGUAGAUGUAUUAAUAAAAAUGAAAUAAAUGUAUUUUGAUUCUAA